AUGACCUUUUUCGCAUUAUUGGAAAACAGUUAUUAUUAUUGGUACUGCAUUGAUCAGCCAGAAAGAAGUUUUAGUGAGUCUCCUGUUCAGAUCCAUGAUCAGGGCCAUGCUGAAAAAAGUUCUUUACAGUUUCACUCUACUGCUGAUUUUAAGGAAAAUGAAUUUUCCCGAAGAGCUCACCCUUCAACUGCUUCUGCAUUAUUUUCUCCUCCUUUGGUCCUGAGGAGUGUGUUUGGUCAUCUGAAAGUUGGAUCAUCAAUUGCUUUAUCGAAUAUGACUAAAAUUCAACGGAAUCACUCACAUAACUUUUACAUUGAAGAGGGUGCUUGUUUCAACUCUAAUGAACCUCAGGAUUGGUAUUUGAUAGAAGACUCAAACCAGGAGAGUCUUAGUAGCAUCUUUGGGAGAGAAUUUGGCUCUUAUACCUGCAAUCUUGCUGUUGACCCAUUUUGGCCACUUUGUAUGUAUGAGCUCCGAGGAAAAUGCAACAAUGAUGAAUGUCCUUGGCAACACGUGAAGGACUUCUCAAAUGGAAAAAUAUAUAAGCAUCAGCAUGGCGAUUCUGAUGGUGCUGAUGGUCAGGCUGGGUUAACAAUACAUCAACAGGAUUCUUUUGGUGCUUCCAAGUGUUGCGAUAAUUUGACUCCACCAAUAUAUAUAGUUGGUUUAGAUAUAUUGAAAGCUGAUUCACAAUAUGAGUCUGUUAUAGCUAGAAGACACGGACAAUGCUGGCAGAAAUGUUUCAGUAUUACCCUAGUGUUAUCAAAUAUGUUUCAGAAGGACUUACCUGCAGAAUUCUUGCAUUCCAGUGAUGGACGUAUUGAAGUGUGUGGGGGUUGGAAUAGACAAUUCUCUUAUUUUCAGAGUAGAGAUGGCGUAAUGAAGCAACUGAAACAAGCUAUGCCUAAUAAUGUCCAAUCUGUGGAAAUGGCUCUUCUUUUUCUCAAUCAAGAGGCUGGCAGAUUAGAGAGUAUAAGAAAGGCCCUCUAUGCGUUGUCACGAGCUCUUGAGGCAGAUCGAUCAUCUGAAAUUCUUUGGAUUGUUUAUCUGCUUAUAUAUCACAGCAAUGCAGUGCCAUAUGGGAAGGAAGACAUGUUCUUUCAUGCGGUCAAACACAAUGAAGGAUCUUAUGGACUUUGGCUUAUGUACAUCAACAGUAGGAUACAGCUUGAUGAUCGGUUGGAUGCGUAUGAUGCUGCUCUUUCAGCGCUCUGCCGCCAUGCAUCUGCCUCUGAUGGAGAUGAAAGGCAUGCUAGUGCAUGCAUCUUAGACCUAUUUUUGCAGAUGGUGGAGUGUUUGUGCAUGUCCGGGAAUAUUGAGAAGGCCAUCCAGAGAAUCUCUGGACUCUCCCUUGCUGAAACAAGUUCUAAAGAACCUCAUAGCCUGUUGCUCUCUGAUAUCCUCACAUGUUUGACCAUUUCUGACAAACUUAUAUUCUGGGUUUCUUGUGUGUAUUUAGUUAUUUACAGGAAACUGCCCGAUGCUGUUGUACAGCGGUUUGAAUGUGAGAAAGAACUCCUUGCAAUUGAAUGGCCUUCCAUUCACUUAGUAAAUGAUGAGAAGCAGAGGGCUGUGAAGCUGGCUGAAAUAGCAGUGGAUUCUGUUGAAGCUUAUUUCAAUAAUGAAUCACCUAAGAGUGAAGCCAAUCUCAGAUCAGGACAACUUUUUGCUGUUUGCCAUGUUAGGUGUAUGGUAGCGCUUGAUGACUUAGAAUGCAGUUGGAAUUUGCUGGACAAAUACAUUAAGUUAUACCCGUCUUGCUUAGAACUUGUUCUGACAUCAGUGCGCUUGCAGAAACGUGAUUUUGGUGAUUCAAGUUUUAUGGGUUUUGAGGGAGCUCUUAUGAAGUGGCCUAAAGAAGUCCCUGGAAUUCAGUGUAUAUGGAAUCAAUAUGCUGAGUAUGCCCUCCUGAAUGGAAGACCUGGCUUUGCAAAAGAACUUAUGGACCGUUGGUUUCACUCUGUUUGGAAGGUUCAAUACUCUGAAGUUGACAAUUUGGAUGCCAUGGAUAAUGAGAUCUCUCAUGGCUCGCCAGAAUCCACUUCAGCAUCAAAUCUAGACUUUUCAGUGUCUAGUAAAAACCAAAUGGAUGUAAUGUUUGGAUUGCUCAAUCUCUCUCUCCAUAGGUUAUUGCAGAACCAUUUCAAUGAUGCCUGGUUAGCUAUUGAUAGGGCAUUGAAGCUUGCAGCUCCUGAGAAUUUUAAUCAUUGUGUUAGAGAGCAUGCCAUGUUUUUGCUUACUGAUAAGUCAGGACCAAAAGGAGAUGCAGUUUGGCUGCUGAACCUUUUGAAGCGUUAUUUGGACACUGCCCGCUCUUUUCCUUGCCCCAAACCGUUGCCUAGACACUUUAUUAACAACAUUGAUAAGCCAAGAGUCCGGCAGCUAGUUACUAACCUGCUAAGUCCAAUUCCGACUGAUUCUUCUCUGGUGAAUUUGGUUCUUGAAGUGUGGUAUGGUCCAUCUCUUUUACCCCAAACGUUUUGUAAGCUAAAGGAUCUAGUUGACUUUGUUGAAGCCAUUAUGGAGAUUGUACCAUCCAACUACCCAUUGGCGUUUUCUGUUUGUAAGCUGCUCAGUGGAGGUGACAACCCUGGUGAUGUUACACCGGCCAGUGUUUUGUUCUGGGCCUCCUCAACAUUGGUCAGUGCGCUUUUUCAAGCCAUGCCCAUUGCUCCAGAGUAUGUAUGGGUAGAAGCUGCAUAUAUUUUGGGCAAUGUAAGCGGUAUUGAGGGCAUCUCUGAAAGGUUUUACAAGCGAGCUUUAUCUGUAUAUCCAUUCUCCAUCAAGUUGUGGAAAUGCUAUUAUAACCAAUCUAACACUAAAGGAGACAUGAACAACAUUGUUGAAGCAGCAAGAGCAAAGGGUAUAGAACUUUUUUGAAGUCUUUUAUUUAAUAUUGCACAAUUGUUAGAAACAGCAUUUACCGGGGGAACUUUUAGUUCAGAUCUGAUGAUUACUGGUUGGGGAGGCCAUAGAUGUAGAUGAUAGCAUGUUACGACACUGGAUGUAUGUAUUGCUGACAAGACACCCGUAGGGUGGAUACAAUUUUUGCUAUUAGUUGUGAAACUAGGAAAUAAAUGAAGAUAGUAGUAUAGUUUAAUAGGUUUUAGCGUUGAUCAGUUAGGUUACUGCUUUUGUGAAGGUUAGCUGAGGUUUACUCCCUCCCUCUUUUAGUCUGUUGUUUUUUUUGGUUCAGUUUGCUUCAUUUCUUUUGUAUUUUUCCCAGUUCCCCUUAUACUAAAGGAUAAGCUUAGUACUGUUUUCUCAUGUUUCGCGUAAUUGUAACUACCCAGAUACUUGUUCAUGUAGUUGAGAUGAAAAGAGUCGGAAAAUUUCGCUUCA